UUUCCUCAAUAAACAUUUAAAGUUUAAAUUUAAAGUCCAUAGUAGAAUUUUGACAAUGGGGACCAAAAGUUAUGUAGGUCAUUUAUCUAAAGAAAUUGCCUGUAAACAAGGAGCAGUCAGGGCAGUCCGAUUUAACGUUGAAGGUGAAUAUUGCCUAACAUGUGGAUCAGAUAAAAGUGUGAAAUUGUGGAAUCCUUAUCGGGGAGCCCUUUUGAAAACUUAUUCUGGUCAUGGGUAUGAAGUAUUGGAUGCCCAGAGUAGCUGUGAUAGUAGUCAUAUAGUCUCUUGUGGAAUGGAUAAAACUAUUAUACUAUGGGAUGUGUCAACUGGACAAUCUUUACGUAAAUAUCGUGGACAUCUGGGAACAGUAAACUGUGUAAAGUUUAAUGAAGAUUCAUCUGUUGCUAUUUCUGGCAGUGUUGACACCUCUAUCAGAUGUUGGGAUUGCAGAUCAAAGAAACCAGAAGCAUUCCAGAUCAUGCAAGAAGCCAAAGAUAGCGUAAGCUCUGUUCAAGUCACUGAUCAUGAAAUUCUAACUGGAUCACUAGAUGGCCAAAUCAGGAGGUAUGAUGUUCGGAACGGAGAAAUGAUUGCUGAUGAAAUGGCUCAUCCCAUAACUUCAGUAUGGUUUACUCGUGACGGCCAAGGAUUGCUCGUGUCAUGCCUGGACAGCACUCUCCGUUUAAUUGAUAAGGACACCGGUGAAUUGUUACAAGAGUACACUGGACACGUCAACACGGAAUACAAAAUCGAUUGCUGUCUUGAUCACACAGAUAACUUCGUAAUAUCUGGUUCGGAAGACGGUACAGUUUACAUUUGGUCUUUAGUUGAAGGCCAGUUAGUAGCGAGACUGGAGCACGUUGGUUCAAAAGUUGUUCAUUCAUUGUCCCCGCAUCCAUCCCAAGAGUGGUUACUAACUGCUGCUCAGAAUAGUAUUUAUUUGUGGAAAGACCAACCUGACGAAGACGAGUAAUUUUAUUGUGUUAUGCUAGUCCGGUAUUGCGUCAUUGCGUCAUUGUUUAAUAAAAUGUAUCUCAUGCUCAAA